AUGGCGGACAACGGCGGCACGGUCAAAACACGAAAGGGGCCAGCGUACGUCGCACGCCCCGCGACGCUGCCGUACACCCCCAAGCCGACACCGGUGACCCAGCAUACGCGCCCGUUCUUUCGCGACCCGGCGCACACCCGCCCAACACGGUGGGGUCUCUACCGCCAGCUGCUGCGGGCGAUGGGCGGUGCAGCGGCACUCAGUGCUGCGCGAACGGCAAGCGCAGUAUCGAGCGCAAGCUCGUUGCCGCCGCGCACAGAAUCCUUUUCCGAUCCAGCUGAACCAACGCCCUCCCUCGACGCAACGCCCUCGCCCCUCCCUCACACCCACCCAACCAUCCCCGCAUCGCGCGUUAUCUGCGGCUCGUCCUACUUUGCCGCGUUCCAGGGCACCGAGCAUGUCAAAGCACGCAAGAUGCCUCCGACGCAAGCGUACGACGGCUUUGCACCUCUUGCGCCGCUCUCCGGGCCCUUCCCCCAUCUCCUCUCGUCGCUGCGGGCACGCUGGCGCACAGCGCGCGGCUGGACCUCGAUGCGGGACACACGCGCCUUCCUCCUCGCCGAGGAAUCGCUCCUCUCUUCCCUCUCUUCGGCCGAUCCCAUCCUCUCGAAGCGGGAGGAUGUCCUCCGCGCAUCCUACGACGCCUUCCUGGCCCUCCCCCCACCACCACCGCCGCCCCGCCCCCUCCUGACGGGCGGUUACCUGCGCCCAUCGAAAUUCUCACCCCCUCUCCCGCGGAUGAAGCCGCAACCACAGCAUAUUGGCGCCAUGUACGCUCGUCGCCAACGUAAGCACGAACAACGUAUCUUGCGCCUCCGUGAGAUGGUUGACCAGCGCAACGACAUUUCACAAGAGGUGCGUCUCUGGCGCGACCUCGGCUUGGAGGACGAGUGGUCGAACCCCUUGGGACUGCCACAUGGGGAUGACAAGAGUGGAGCCAGCUGGACGAAGCCACUCGAGGCGCAUGCCAAGAACAUCCAGCGCUUGAUGUAUGCCGGCGUGAAGCGUGCACAAGCCGUGUAUUCCCCCGAGGUUAUCGAGCGCGUCAAGGAUGCUCGGAGGCGGCGCGAGGUCUGGCGCCGAAACAAGGCCCGUAAGGCGCGCGGGGAGGAGCCUGUGUUUCCAGAGCGGAGCGACGGCCAGGAGAUGGUAAGGGCAGUCAAGCGCGCCGAGCGCGAGGAGUGGUUGGCCAAGAAGAAGAGUCCAUAG